UUACAGCUAGUUUAAUUUAAACUUAAAAAAAAAACAAUCUUUAAUUACCGCAUUCAUGAUUUAUCCACGGUUGUAAUGAAUGUAACGCCUUAUUAUUAAGACUUCAACUGACGCCUGUUGCUGGUCACGUGUACACUGUACACUUCUUGCGUGUGUACAAAGUAGUAUUCUAGUUCAACUUUAACCAAUAGUAGUGUAUUCUCAGAAUUGCAGAGUUCUGUCUCAAAUACUUACUGUAAUUUAAGUUAACUAAAUUUUGCAAAUGUAAAAUGAGCUCCGCUGGGGAAUGGUGUCUUAUCGAAAGCGACCCCGGAGUUUUUUCUGCCCUUAUAAAAGACUUUGGCGUACUGGGAAUACAAGUUGAAGAAAUAUGCAGUUUGGACUCUGACAGCUUUAAAGAUUUAAAGCCAGUUCAUGGCUUAAUUUUCCUAUUCAAAUACGAUCAAGAUAUGAAAACUGAGGGCACAAUACUAGACCAGACAACACAGAGUGAUAUUUUCUUUGCCAAACAAGUAAUAAGCAACGCCUGUGCUACUCAGGCCAUCAUAAAUAUACUUCUAAAUACAAAACAUAAAGAUGUAGUGCUGGGCAGCACCCUUGAAGACUUCAGGAACUUCACACAGUGUUUUGAUGCAUCUAUGCGGGGACUGGCUCUAAGCAAUUCCAAAGUCAUUCAGCAAGUUCACAACAGUUUUUCAAGGCAGCAAGUGUUUGAGUAUGAUGAAAAAGCUACGAAAAGUGAAGACAGCUAUCAUUUUGUGGGAUAUGUGCAAGUAAAUGGCCGUGUUCUUGAACUAGAUGGCUUGAAAAGUGGGCCAGUUGAUCAUGGUCCUGUAGAAGGGGAUGAUUGGAUUGAAACAGUCAGGCCAAUUAUUCAACGAAGAAUCCAGCGGUACACUAGUGAUGAAAUACACUUUAACUUAAUGGCAGUUGUGGGGGACAAAAAGAUGAUGCUGGAAAAAAAGAUUGAAAAAUUAACUACUCUAAUUGACGGGUACAAUGACGCAAUGGAAGAAGAAGAACAAAGAGUUCCUCUGGCAAUUCUAAUGGAAAGUUUAGAACAAUGCAAAUGCUUGCUGAAUGAUGAGACUCAAAAGCGCCAAAGAAACCAAGUUGAAAACAUCAGAAGAAAACAUAACUAUCUCCCAUUUAUAAUUGAAAUGAUUCGUAUUUUGGCAGCAGAGGAAAAGCUGUUGCCAUUGAUAGAACAUGCAAAAGAAAAAGUCAAGCCACAAAAAUUAGCUCAAAAUUUGUAAAUGUGUUAUUUGUCAUUUAAAAAUGGUUACGAAAAUAUAAGAUUAUCAAAAGAAAU